AUGUCCAUCCUCAUCUCAACCGCUCUCGCGAUUCUACUCUGGAAACAAGAUCAGAGAGAGAGAUACUAUCUCAGUCAUAUCCAUGACCUCAUGGAAUACUCGCACGUCUUGGAGGGAAGGCUUGCGGAUAGAAAAAAGCAAUACGAUGAUCUUAAAUCGAUCGCUGCUGCCAGCCAAGCCAAAUACAUUCAACUCGAACGGAAUUUCCUGUCGAACGAGGACCAGUACGAACAGCGUUGCCGUCGCCUCGAGGAAGAGAACACGAAAUUGGUGGCAAGACAACGCUCUGAUAUCAUACAGCCACUGGGACUUUUCAUCGAACGGUUGAUUAUGAUGAACAAAGUAUGGCAGCAGGAGAGGGAGAUAAACCGGUUGCAGACUUGUCUGGUGAAGCGCAACAAAUACAUCAGCGGCGCUGCAUUCGAAGGGUUCCGAGACCGGGUCUUGUUGUGGAAUGCGAUAUGGAAGAGGGAGGGCGAGAUGCGAGUAAUUCUCGGCGAAAAUGCGAGGAUGAAGCAUAACAUGGUGAGGAGCAUAACGAAUGCAGCAAAGAAGAUGGUUUUGGAUACGAGGAGAGAGGGUAUGAUUGAAGAGCUGGUGAAAGAAUUGGUGACGGAGGUUGAGAAUGGAAAGAAAGAGAGGAAGGCGUUGAAGGAUAGGUAUGAGGUCAACAUCCAGGAAACCAACUUGGACUGGCUCAAGGACUAUCGGAGGCUUCUUAGAGAGGUCGAGACGCUCAGGCUGGGGAAACGAUCGAAGGAAAUUGAGCAGGAGAUAUCUAACGAGAUGGAAGGACGUCUUGUUCGAGCUCUUCAGGCGACUCGAACAAUGAAGGCGGGCUAA